GGGCUCGCUGAGGCGGCGCCGCCGCGCUCCCGCCGACGGAAGGGGACGGCGAAGAGAAAAUGGCGGCGGCGGCGAGCGGCGGGCUGUGGCGCCCCGCCGCCGCCGCGCUGGGCCCGGCCGCGCGCGGCCUCUGCGGCAGCGGGCGGGCGGCGGCGGCGGUGCGGGCCGAGGAGCUGGCGGAGCGGCUGCGGGCGCAGAAGAGCGAGCGGCAGAAGCGGGAGGUGCCCGGAGACCCGCUGCGGCGGCGGGUGCGGGAGCUCGCCGCGCUGAGCCAGCAGCUGCAGCGAGUGCACCCCAACGUGCUGGCCAAGGCGCUCCGGCGGGCGGUCGUGUACCAGGAUGAGGAGAUCGUGGCCAUCAACAAACCCUACGGCCUUCCCGUGCACGGCGGCCCUGGGGUCAAGAACUGCAUCACGGACGUGCUGCCGGUUUUGGGCAAGCUGCUGGCGAACGCGCGGGACGAGCCCCUGCGCCUCUGUCACCGGCUGGACAAAGAGACCACGGGCGUCAUGGUCCUGGCGCGGAGUGAGGAGGCAGCGGAGAAGAUCCGGCUCCUCUUCAAAACCCGCCGGGUGGAGAAGAUAUACUGGGCGAUCAUUUUGGGGGAGCCGGACCCCGCCGAGGGGCUUGUGGAGAUCCCCAUCGUGGAGAAGGAGGUGCAGAGCCACCAGCCGCACUACAAGAUGACGCUGGCCCCCAGCUACCGCCUGGCCGCCGAGGACGGGAAAGUGGUGAAAAUCCGCAAGAACCGCGACGCCCAGAGCGCCGUGACGCGCUACCGCCGCUUGGCUAGCUCCUCCGCCUGCUCCCUCCUGGAGCUCCAGCCCAUCACCGGAGUGAAACACCAGAUCCGGGUCCACCUGGCCUACGGUUUGGGGUGCCCCAUCCUGGGCGACCACAAAUACUCGCACUGGAGCAAGCUGGCGCCCCAGCUUCCGGAAAUCGCCUUGAAGAGGCUGAAACUGGAGCAGCGCAAGGCUCGCCACCUCCCCCUGCACCUGCACGCCCGCCGCCUCUGCCUGCCGUGGGGCGAGGGUGGGCGGGUCGAGCUCGCGUGCAAACCGCCCCGCUUCUUCACCAACGCCAUGCUGAGGCUGAAGCUGGAGCUUCCCGAGGACUAAGAGGCAGGACGAGCCCGGUGUGAUGAAAUCUACGGCCUCAGCCGCUCGAGAGAGACUUUGUUCGUGCGGUAAUGGCGCGCCGAAGAGCCCCUUGCUCGGACUAACGGGGCCGGGCGGAAAGCGGCCUCGCUCGCCGCGCUUUGGACUUGUCCCUGAGCAAUAAAGGCUCCGGUUCGCCUAG